GUCCGCUAAAGAGCUAUCUGAACUUGUUCUAGUAACAGCACAUACUACUCUAUCUCUACUGCAGCCCUUACCGUCAUGAUCUUUCAAUCACAUCGCACCCCAUCAACCUUAGGGGCUUUUCUCCUGCUCGCCAAUGGAGCGCUUGCUGCUCGGGAUGGACUCUGUCCCCCUCUAGGCCCGGUCAUGCCCGUUCCUAUAAACCCUUCGGGCCAUGACUUAGUGCAAGACGCCAUCCGACUCGUAACGGACAAGUUCCAAAACCUCACAGCGGACUUCAACACGACAGGAAUAUCAAUUGCCGUAAAGUCGAUAUAUGAAGAAAAUCCCAUGAUCGAGCUCCAUCACACGCCUCCAGUCCUCGAUAAUACUAGUACAACUGCUGUUGACUCGGAAACAAUCUACCGGAUCGGAAGUCUUUCGAAACUCUUCGCCGUCCUUUCUAUUUUGACUCAGGGGCAGAUGAAAUUGGAAGAUCCUAUCACGAAAUACGUCCCUGAAUUACUCCAGUUAAGGAAAGAAGCGGUGCCAGUUGCCAACGACAUAACUGCCGUCCACUGGGACCAAGUCACCGUCGGCUCACUCACAUCACAUAUGAGCGGCAUCGGCACAGACCUCGUCAAUGAUCUGGCUAGCUUUCCCGCAGACUUCGCCCAAGUCGGCCUCCCACAGCUGACGAACUCUUCCAAGACCGGGUGUGCGGGUCUCUUCGGUCUUCCAGUCUGCACCCGCGCUGAGUUCUUCAGGGACUUCGGAAAACGCCACCCCGUGUAUGCGCCUUGGACGAACCCCGUGUACUCCAACGUGGCAAGCUCGAUCCUCGGCUUUGCGGUGGAGUCCGCUACGAACAUGAGCUACGACGCGUAUGUGCAGCAGGCCAUUUUCGGUCCUCUAGGAAUGACGAACACAACGAUCUUUGAGGCACCUAAGGAACGAUCGUGGGGUUUUAUUCCCAAGGGCGAUAUUUGGUUUGGGAGCAGUCUCGGAUACGAAGAUAUUGCUGGCGGAUUAUACUCGAACACAAAAGAUAUCCUCGCCCUAGGUACUGGUAUCCUUCAGAACCGCCUCCUAGAUCCCGUCGCAACACGCCAGUGGAUGAAACCAAUAACAUCUACCUCAUCACCGGGCUUUAUGCUCGGCGGGCCGUGGGAGAUCCUUCGCUCGGACACCGUAACAAAGGAUCAGCGCUUGAUCGAAUACUACACGAAAUCCGGCAAUCUCGGCUCAUACAACAACAUAAUCUGCCUGAUUCCGGACUACGGCCUCGUCAUCACGAUUCUCUCCGGCGGCGGCGAGUCUUCCGCUGACACAGUCGACUUCACCCUCACCGACGUCAUAACAGCCUUGCUCCCCGCCAUUGAAGACGCGAGCAAGACACAAGCGGAGUCGCACUUCGGCGGGACAUACGCGGACGCCGCGACGAACUCCAGCAUAACCCUCUCAGUGGACGACGGGCCCGGCUUCGCCGUGACGAACUGGACUGUGCGCGGCGUCGAUAUCGUCGAGAAUUAUAGCGCUUUUGGCGCGCUCUCGAGCAGUCCGACGAACCUCCCCGUUCGCGUCCGAUUAUACCCUACGAAUCUCUCCUCCGGAUGCGAGAUCGCGUGGCGCGCGUAUUUCAACGUCGGCACGCCCGAGCAGCUUGCCGAGGGAGACGCGAAGAGGUUCUGGCCGAAGGGGACUUGUCAUACGUGGGCCUCUAUGGAUAGGCUUGUAUAUGGCUUCAAAUCGAUAGAUGAGUUCAUCUUUACUACGAGUAAGGGCCAGGCGAAGAGCUUGAGUUUACCUGCAUUUGAUGUACGGCUGAAAAGAGAGGCAUAAGCCUAUGGAUAUUGGGGCCGGAGUUUACUAAUUUGCUUAGCUUGUUACAUACCUAUUGUGUAGAACAACUCCUUUAGUAGUUGUUUGCUGUAUAUAUCCUUUUUUGAAAGAUAUACCCCUCUAAUGAUCUUUUAUACUAGAAAAUAUUUCUU